GGUGUGAUGGCUCAUUUGGGGACAAUGAGAGGUGUUUUGGCUGGGGGUUUGGGGUGUGCAGGCUGCCCUGGCUGCACCAGGGCUUCAGGGCCAAAAUCCUGGUCCAUGUUUUUGUCCGGACCAGAUAAUACCCACUGCAAACCUUUGAGGGCCCCCAAAAUAUUUUGUGAGCUGCCUUUCCUCUUUCCCCAUCUCCUGGGAGCCCACAUCCCAUCUCCCGGGCAUGUGAGAGCUGCCGGGCUCUGGCUGGCAGGGCCACACGUGUUUGUCCCCGCGGGUCACCGGCAGCGUGCCCGGCCGUGCCCGGCCACCCUGGGCAGCAGCGCCGGCUGUAAAACCCGCCCGGGGCUGGGCAAAGAGCGACCAGUGGGGGCAAUGUCCGAGCCCUGCCCCUUCCCUGGUGGCGUGACUGAGCACGGCGACCUGGGGACCCCGGCACGGCCCCUCGGACGUCACCUGUCCCUCUGGUGUGGCACAGGCUCGGCGGUGGGUGAGGACAAGCAGCGACAUCCCACGGGACAGCAGAGCAUCCCUUGUCAGGCCAUGGCAGCCCAGCCAGCCGCGGGCCAGAAGCCCUUUCACGUCGUUUCGCCCGUCCUGGAGAGCCUGUCCCUCUCCAAGGCCGUGGGCACCAAGGUCUUCAUGAAGAUGGAGAACGUCCAGCCCUCGGGAUCCUUCAAGAUCCGGGGCAUUGGGCACCUGUGCCAGGAUGCUGCCAAGAAGGGCUGCCGCCACUUCGUCUGCUCCUCAGGAGGGAACGCGGGGCUGGCAGCAGCGUUCGCAGCCCGGGAGCUGGCCCUGCCCAUCACCGUGGUGGUGCCCAGCAGCAGCGGCCCCACCACCGUGAGCAAACUGCAGGAACUGGGGGCCACAGUCGAGGUCUACGGCAAGGUGUGGGAUGAUGCCAACAGCAGAGCCCAGGAGCUGGCUAAGACAGAGGGCUGGGUCAUCAUCCCCCCCUUCGAUCACCCCUUGGUGUGGGAGGGUCACGCCAGCCUGGUCCGGGAGCUGAAGGACUCUCUGGAGGCCAAACCAGGCGCCAUCGUGGUGGCGGUGGGUGGCGGGGGACUGCUGGCCGGUGUCGUGGCCGGCCUGCAGCAGGUGGGCUGGCAGGAUGUCCCCAUCAUCGCCGCCGAGACGCUGGGCGCUCACAGCUUCCACGAGGCGCUCAAGGCCGGCCGGCUCGUCACCCUGCCAGACAUCACCAGCGUGGCCACGUCUCUGGGAGCCAAGACGGUGGCGGCGCGGACGCUGGAGUGUGCCCAGGAGUGCCAGGUGCUCUCGCAGGUGGUGCAGGACGCGGAGGCCGUGCGGGCUGUGCAGCAGUUCCUGGAUGACGAGCGGGUGCUGGUGGAGCCGGCGUGCGGGGCGCCCCUGGCCGUGCUCUACUCGGGGCGGCUGCAGAGGCUGCAGAGCGAGGGGCGGCUGCGGACCCCGCUGAGCUCCGUGCUGCUCGUGGUGUGCGGCGGCAGCAACAUCCACACGGCCCAGCUGCGGGCCCUGAAGAGCCAGCUGGGGCUGGAGUGACACCCGCGCCGGGCAGGGCGUGUGGCAGAGCCCGCCUGGCACGCUCUGCUCGCUUUCCUUCCCAAAGAACCAAAAUAAAGCCUGGGAAUGCGGGGCCGGGCUCCUCA